GUCAAGUUAGCCUACUUAACUUCCUCUUUAUUGCUCGCUGUGUUUCCAGUUGGGUGAUACUUCCCGUUUAUUUCAGGGUUGGCUUGAGUUCCUGUUACUUGAUGGCUGAAAAACAAAGUUAGUGUGACACUGCGGUGCAGUGUAGGAGACAGUCGACAUUAUCAGACAGUAAAGACGAUUUUAAUUAUUUUAUCUUGCGCAUGCUGAAUGUCUCACAGCUCUGACGAUAUUUUAAAAGGCGAUUUUCUUUCUUUCUUUCUUUUUUUCUUUCUUUCUUUCUUUCUUUCUUUCUUUCUUUCUGGUAAUGGGAUAAAGGAAAUGUAUUUCUUUCUAGUCCUAUUCAUCCUGGGUGUAACCCCUUCCAUUUGUAAAGGCCAACAUGAGAACACCUGCAACGUUGUCCCCAAAGAUAAAUACAUUGAAGUGGGAUCCAAUAUUGAUAUAGUGUGCCAGACUUCGUGUGUCCAUGGCAAAAUCUUCUGGACAAUCAACAACAGGUCUGUAGAUAAAAGGCUGUCAAACACUAUCAACUCGUCACACACAGUCCUGUCACUGAGGAACUUUACUCACCAAAGCGCUAUACUGCAGUGCCACAGUGAAGAUAUUCAGCAAGUCCUUGGAGGCACCACCAUCAAAACAUACUCAAAACCCAUCAACAUAUCAUGCAUUUUGCAUAAAAAAGAUCAGACAUUUGAAGGUUCACCAGACCAGAUCACAUGCAAGUGGGAGCAUGAGGUUAAUCCUUCAUUGGCCGUAAACUACGUACUCCGUGCCUCUUCAUCAGAACAACUCUUUGAAAUCUGCAAUAGUUCUUCAACAAACUGCAACAAUGAAAUUGAUCUAUUAUUGCAGAAUUACACUAUUACUGUGAGAGCUAAAACCUUUGCUUGGGAAGUUGAUUCUGACCCUUAUACAUUUAACCCAGAUCAUAUAUUGAAAAUGAUACCUCCGCAGUUAAAAGAACCUACCGUCUCUGAUGAUCUGUUGGUUGAGUGGGAACGGGCAGAUUUAUCAAAAUGGUGUCGCUGUCAAGUCAAAUACAGCAAGGCUGUCAAUGGAAGAACUUCAGAGUGGGUGCGCAAUAAGAAUCUAACGAAACACGAACAUGGGAAGGUGACCAUUGAAAAAGUGGAAUCCUGCAGUAACUACACAUUUUCAGUCCGCUGUGCUUUAGACAAGGCCCCCUGGAGCGACUGGAGCCAGGAGAAAGUUCUGACCACCAAACUAAACAAGAGGGAUGUCAAGCUGCGCCUGUGGAGAAAGAUAGAUGAACUGGACAAAAAUGGAGUUAGAAAAGUUCAUGCCAUGUGGAUGGAAAUUCCUUCAACAUGUCAAGACACAUUUACCUACACUAUCAAACAGACUCCCUACAAGGAACACAUGGUGGGAGUAAAUUAUACAGAUACUUUAUGUGGCAAGCCAACUUGCGAUGUUGAUGUGAGCCAAGAUGCACACAGAAUAAAUCUCACAGUCCAUAAUAAAGACCUACUUGAGUUUAUGGACUCAGUGUAUGUUCCAGCCAUUGGAGAAAGCCUCCCUCAAGUUACCGACAUCCAGACCUCAACCCUUGAAGGCGUUAUUCUGGUCAGCUGGAAAGCUCCUAUACAGCCCGUCAGUGGUUACAUGAUCGACUGGACCCACAAUGGAAAUCAAUACCAAUGGAAGGAGAGCAACGACACUAACACAGCACUGUCCAACCUCCUGGAUAAGACGCCAUACAAUAUUACAGUAACUCCCCUCUUUGAUGACAAGACAGGUCAUGGCACGCAAGCCCUUCAGAUCUGCUCCAGAGUGGCAGAUCCGGGAAAUGUUACUAUCCAUGUUAAGGCUAAUGACAAAAGUGCCCUUGUGAGCUGGAAUGUGUCACAGGAGGCAUGCAGUGGUGCCGCUGUUAACUACCGAGUUUUUCUUCUAGAUGUUACUGUCGAUGGCACAGAGCGGGUCAACUCUUUGAAAGAUCUGAAUCCAGACACACAGUACAGUGUCUAUGUCAAGGCCACAGCUCUUACUGGAACUACCAAAAGCAGUGAGAACAGCUUUAAAACCAAAAGAUUUGGUCCGGGGCUCAUCACAGCAGUCGGUAUCUGCGGAAGCAUCAUAAUACUUAUUGUGUUAUCUCUUGGAUUAAGCUGUGCUGUUCAGUGGAAGAAAUUCCAGGAGAAGCCGGUGCCUAAUCCUGGCAACAGUUCUAUGGCGUCGUGGCCAGCUUUAAGUCGUCAAGAGGGAAUCUGCCCUUUCCAGCCAUUCAGCAAUCCAACUGAAAGCCUCUGUGACAGGGUUUACACAGAAGAAACUCAGAGAAUGUCCAUAUCUCCACCAGCUACAGGCUGUAAUGGUAACCUAAUGAGUGAUCAGACAGAUGAAUACGUUGACCCAGGCACAGUUCCAGCACCAGAUGAACAGAAUGAAGACUUAGUUAAUCAUGCUGAGACACAGCAUCUAUCUUCUCCUGAUGAUUCCACUGCACUGCUUUCUUCAGAAACCAGCCCAUAUCGAAGUCAGACUUUUGUGGAAAGCCCUGCCUCGAAACACGUUAAUCAUUCUAAGCGUGUUCCAGUGAAACAGCCAGAAAAGACAGCACUGGUGACAGUGUAUGUCACUUUGGACAUGUUUCAACAAGGUCAGGGCAGAUAAGAGAAAUGAAAACAAAACCAUAACAACGUUCCAAGAGUAAAGAGAAGUCAAUCAGCUCUGAAUGAGAGAAAUGAAAACAAAACCAUAACAACGUUCCAAAAGUAAAGAGAAGUCAAUCAGCUCUGAAUGAAUUGGUUUAAGCUUGCCAAAGAAUUCCAUGAUUGUGUGUGGCAUUAUCCUGCUUGGCAAUGUGCCCACUGUGAAGUAAAAGAAGAAUGAUUGUAAACUUAUAUCAGACUUCAUAACCCAUGUCAUAAAAUGCAAUGUUUUGUGUAAAUAAAUGUACAUUUUGCGACUGUCUAUCCUUUAUUGAUACAAACAUGUAAUAUUUAUAGCUAAACAAUGUGUGUAGUAGCUGCUUUAUUGAGUCAACUUGAUGUCUUUUGCAGAGAUAUUAAAUAUAUGGAGAUAACAGCAUAUACCUCUAGCAACAUUUUUUUUGUAUCAUUUCAUUUAAAGUCCAUGAAAGGAAUUUAUUUUUUGUUCAGUAGUGACAACAUAUACACCAAAAUGGGGACCAUUCAGAACUUUAAUAAAAAUUACAUUCAUUUUAA